CGCCUAUUUAGCUGUCUAUGCGUGCGACGGAAAAAAGUCGAAGAUAUAUGUGCGUGUCGUUCGUGAAUGUUGACGUGGGCGGGAGGUACCACGGAAUCGGGUGAUCUUUAACUUGGCUAUACGGAAAAAUAGUCAAGCCACAGCCUGUGUACGUAUAUACGCGCCAACCAUUGUGGACGACCACGCAGUAAAUCGUGUUAUUCGACGCGAUAAACAGGUGUACGAGCCUCGUAGCCCAGAAAAACAAUUCUCGGAGGUUUUAAGCGGUUCUCUGAUAAAGACGUUUCAAGUGAAAAAAAAAAAAACGUAAAACGCUGUAAACGGUGGUGAAUAUUUUCGAGCUUAGACUUAGACUGCGCGCAGCCCGUCCUGAGUAAUAUACCAGAGCCCACAAAUCGCGGUGGGCGAAAUUAGGCGAAAACGCGUGACAGGUGGAACCCAGAGCUAGAGCUACGCGAGAAUCGCCAUCGCGGAAAGCUGAGCAGGUACACGGAUUCCAGGUUUUUCCGAGAAAUCUGCCCUGCGAACAAGUUUUCGGGUCUCCGCGUCGUGGGAUUAGCCGUUUUUUUUAAUUCGAUAACCUCGGAAAAACGUGGUCAGUCGAUAAUACACCUUUGUCCGUGGUGCGUCGGGCAGUAUGCAACGCCCUUAGUACACGUUGAGUACACAUGCACCGUGGUGGCGUGUUAUUGCUUAUUUACCCCCGACACGUGCUUCCAUCGUUAGCGUGCUUCGGGUACAACGAUAUCGACGACGACCUUUCCGCGAUAAAAGCAGCACGGUGGACACGUUGCGCGGAGAAAAACAAUACAACACGAUUACGCGAGUUUUGAGAAAACGUUAUUUUUGUUCUUUUUUCGAAAACAUGUGCGCGAAAGCAGUGAAACGUGGUCACGCGUACACGGAUUCCACGAUCGUAUUUCUCAAGUAAUAAUUGAGAACGGAAGUGUAGUACGAGCUCCUUACGGCAACGUGGGUGGGAUUACGCAUUCUGUCUACGAUGAACUAUCGGAAUAGCAUGUUUUGGUACAAGAUGCACGCGACCAAUUAUCCACGAUUGCUUCGUACCAUAUAAAUAAUACGGAUAGAAAGGUGUGAUUAGAGGUCUCGUAAGAUUCAUCGCAACGACGGCCUUUUUGAUCGUCACCGCGGCGAUGUCUUCGGGCAGGGGUUUAGUCUCCCCUUCAGGAGGUCCCGUUGUUCGCUGCGGCCAUGUAAAGAAAUUGAAGACCCAAAAGAAGAAAUACUUCGUGUUGCGCGGCGAGGCGCCAGGAUACCCCGCCUGUCUCGAAUACUACGAUGGCAAAAAGAAGUUCGACAAUAGGCAGCCGCCGAAGCGUAGGAUCAUACUAAACAGCUGCUUCAAUAUCAAUAAACGCGAGGACACUAAACACAAGCACGUUAUCGCGUUGUAUACGAAAGACGAAUGCUUCUGUUUGAUUCUCGAGAGCGAAAAAGAACUGGACGAAUGGCUGAAGGCGAUGCUUUUACUUCAGACCGGAGAUGUGGCCGAUGGAGAACAACCUCGGCCUAUAUUUGAACAUGUAUGGCAAGUUACAAUGCAGAAAAAAGGACUAGGCGAACGAAAAAAUAUUUUUGGUCCCUAUAGGCUAUGUUUAACUGAUCGAACAUUAAGUCUGGUGAAAAUUGGAGCAAAGGAUAAUUCGGAUUCUAUUGAAUUUCCUUUAAAUUGCAUAAGACGAUGCGGACAUAUGGGUCGUAUCUUCUAUAUGGAAGUAGGUCGUUCAGCGAUCACUGGUGGUGGAGAAUUGUGGAUGGAAGCUGAAGAUAGCAACAUUACAAGCAAUAUGCAUGCCGCUAUCAUGAAUGCUAUGAGUAAUUCUAGCAGUAGUAAAGACGAUGUGGAACCACGACAAAGAAUGCGUAGCUGUUCUGCGACAGAGGCCAGCAAGCCAAUCUUUGUUCUACCACGUCGACAUGCUGGACAAAAAUUCCAUAAUUUUUCACCUUUGGAGGAACACAGGACGCACAAGGAGCAGGUGGACCCACUGCAGGAACAGGAGCAGUCUAAUCAGACUCAGAGUACCUCUUCUUGCAAUACAGUCACGGUCGUUGCUGGUACCGGUGCUGGGACUGCUGGGAUUGCCACGACUAAUACCAACUGUGCCACUACUACUAGACGUCGUCAUUCGGUAGCGAGUCAUCCCCAUUCCGCCAAUAAUUCCCAAUCCGUUAAUGUCACAACAACAACAACAACUAGCACCACUAUCACCAUCACUACGACCGCUACCGUGACCAUCACAACCACAACCGCGACAAUAUCCCACCAGAGAACCCUGUCGCUGCCCUUAGCUGCCGUUAUUAUCAAUCAAAUGCAAUCAUCUAAAAGAUCAGUUUUACGCUGUCCAAACGGACGCGACAGAUGUGACAGCUUACCCUCGAGGGCUCGUACCACCAGCGAGAGUCACCCUACAUCGAUACUGAGCCAUCCUCGGACUCAUUUCGUGUCUCACAUCCUGAGACCGCAUUCUAUGUACGCGAGAGGCCUUUCCUAUUCGCCGCCGAUCGGCUCGAUGCCUCUCAGUCCCGCUUCCGGAGCUUAUUCCACUGAUUCCGCGGGCUCAUCCCUCUCGAUGGACGAUGGUGGCGAAAGUGUAUUAGAGGAGGGCACGGUAUCCCGAUAUGGACAUUCUUUGACGCCCGACGAGCCUGUCAUUUUGGAGGAGAAUGGCGACGAUUAUGCUCCGUGGACUAUGUCGCACUCGCAUUACAAAUAUUCGCCAAAUUUCAAGUCACAUUCUCCUUCCCAGCAGAGUUCCUAUAUGGAUAUGUACAGUCCUUGUGAUUCGAGUCCUGGUCGCAGCGGUGGAGCCUAUAUGCCGAUGAAUGUAGGGACAGGGCAUUCGCACUCGCGGGCGUCAUCUCUUAUCGAAGAAACUAAUACUUUACCAGAGGGUUACGUACCUAUGGCACCUGUUGGAAACAACGGUUACGUUGAUAUGGAUCCUUCGCAUAGUCACAAUGGCCAUUUUUCCGAUGAUACGUCUCAGCACGGUGGGAGUAGCUGUUCCGUUACGUCUGGUACACCUAGUACAGACUUACGGUUCUCCGAAUAUCAUUUGGAUAAAGUAAUUAGCUUCCUACCGCCAGGUGAUGAUUUACAAGCUAGACCAGCGAGAGCCUAUUCCAUUGGAUCUCGGCCAGAACCCGUGAAUAGGCAUCGUAAGAAUAGGUUGGACAUUACUCAACAGGAAGCCAGCAGAGUACGAGCUUUCUCUGUAGGCAGUAGGUCUAAAAGACCUGAGAUUGGGAGGUUAGCCAAUGUAAUCACUGCACCAUUGCCCGUUGGUUGCGAGAAUUCGAGUUCUACCAAAUCCAACUCGGCGCCAUUGCUGUCUAGUUCUUGGGGGCACAACUCCGGUUGUUCCAUUGCCUCUGAACGCAUGGAAGAUCUAAUGGAAUUGGAUUUCACAAAACCCAGUAUUUCUACAACACUUCAUUCAUCGCCUUCGUCUUAUUCGCAGUCACACUCUCAAUCGCAUUCAUACUCUACUGCCACCGACACCAGUUCCUAUGUUGAUAUGUCUCCUGGACAACCGCCAUCGUCGACCACUGCCCCGUACGUCGAUAUGAGUCGCAUUAAUAAGAUCAAUCGUAAUAACAAUAAUAAUACAAUCACUGCCAAUCAGAACCAUAGUCAUGUACAUGUAACGUCUUCUGCUUCCACACAUAAACCCGAGUUUACUACUUUGAAGCCAGUGGAAGAGGCAGAAGGCCCAUACAUGAGAAUGCGUGGUGUAAUGGAGGAUUGGUCCCACUCCGAUACGAGUCCAAAGCUAAUUUCGUCGCCUAUGCAAGAAGAAUGCGUCCAAUCUAAUGGGCCACCAGGGGUUACGAGAACGGCACCGGUUGAUCUUCCACGACGUCCACCCUUCGAUUACGUCGAGAUGAACUUUAAAUCGAGAACAAACUUAGAACAAGACUACAUAAACAUGAAUAUGAGUAAUCGAAGUAACCGUAAACCAACGCGAACGGGUAGUAGGAAGGAGAAGUUGCGUUCCCAACCGAUCGCGAUCCAAGCCGGUAACAAGCCUGUAAAAGCGCCUAGCUUCCUACCCCUAAACGGAAGUCCCGAAUCAGAGAGCUUGUCGAGUACUCCUGCCUCGCCUCCGCGAGCAACUCCGACGGGUUCCUCGGCGACUAUCUUCCCCUUCUCCUUAAAUAGUCCUCAGUCGCCCGAGAAAUCCUUCAUUCAUCAAAAGAAUAACGACGAAUCGCCAGAGUUAAGUGUUACUUCCAAGAUUAACGACUGUUCGAUCGUAGAACCCGCUAGUAGGGUUAACACGGUCAAUAGUUCCAUUUCAGGAACAGAAGCGAACAACACGUCUGUGAACGUAGUCAACGACAGAUCGCCUAGUCCUGGAGGAAAGGAUAAACAAGUCAAUCGAAUGAUAUCCGACUUGAUGGCCUCGCAAGAUCACAUAUUAAACACUGUAACAAAGAGGUUUGCCGAUAUGAAUUUGUCGAAGCCACGUUUGAUAACUGCGUCUCCUAACACCAGUCCUACGCUCUCUGGUUUUAAGGGAACAGUCGAGAGUACAACCGUCGAAAAGCAACCAUCGUCUCCCAAAUUGCUUGACGAAACGCCAACACCAACGCCUACAGCUACGCCAAGUCCGUUAGAGAACGAGAGUCACGACAAGCUGCAAACUGGCCCGACAAUUUUGCACUACGCUAGUCUCGAUCUUCCCGAGAUCGGAAGCACGGCGCCAGUCUCGCCGGCGUCGCAGGAAAGCUUCAAUUACGCCGAAAUCGAUUUCGAUAAACUCAAGCAAAAUUAAAACGUUUCGUCUUGAAUGCAGCAUGGUUACAGAAAUGGGCAAAAUUUUAUUCGAUUAAUCAGUGGCGCAUUAUACGUUUAUGGGGCUCGAGACGAAAUAGAAUUUUGAGUCCCACCUAACUAAAAAAAAACGAAACAACGAAUUAAGAAUAUUUUUAAAUUUAGUCUUAUUUAUCGAGGCAACAAUAUAAACGAAAUAUACAACUUAAAUGAACCGUUUAACUCAGAAAUAAUACACGUGUCUUUACUUAAUUUAAUAAGUUGUUUUACUUCUCUGUUUGGAAUUACGUGGUUCCGAACUGAGAAAUUAUACAUUAGUUUUUUUUUUUGUUAUACUAUUUUACACUUUCCUUAACCAAAGGAAUUUCUAACAUGAUUUUUAACUUUUUUAAGGUCAUAGAACGACUGUUCUGCUAAUGUGUUUGUAAUAGAAGUUAACAAAAAUGUUGUUUUAUUUUAUUUUUACAUUAGAAAAUUCAUUUUUAAAAAAUAUGUUACAUAUAAAUAACAAGAAUGAGUUUUUGAAACUCGUGUCGCCUAUAAAAUAAUGCGCCACUCGGAAUAACAUGACGAAUAAAAUCAAGUGUAUAGCAAUUUAUUCGUAACGUUAAUUCUAUCGAUCGAUUACUAAGAUAAGUUCGUUCAAUGCGAGAUAUAAAAUAGUCCAUAACGAAUAAAAUGUUAAUUUCUAUUUAAUAAGUAACGAAUGAACAGUUAUUUAUCUUUUAUUCGUUACCCGAGACUUUUAUUUAAAUAAGAAUUUUGUCCAUCUCUGGUGUAUUAGCUGUAUCGGUGUACAGACCAAAGAUCCAAUGCAACCGAAGCAUGUAACGCUCGAGUCUCGUAUAUACUAAUAUACCCCAAAAUCCUAGCACGUGUGCCUUCGAUUGUCUUGGCUCUUUAGGUUGAAUAAGGUUUGAUACGUAGGUCACGUACCGUGGGAUGCUGGAUUGGCUCAUUGCCUUGUCUGUUCUCGACGAUAAUAAUGACCAAACAGAGCAAUCGAUCGGUCUAACAUUGGCUGAGUCGGAUUAAUGAGUUAGCAGGGUGUCGGAUGCGAACUGUAAAUACUAAAUUCUUUUUAUCCCAAACCUUGAGUCGCGGUCGUUUUAUCAUUCUUGCAGUCCUGACUUUCCGAAGGCAACAUUAGUGCCUAUACUUCUGGUUACAUUGUAUCGGAUAUUGUUAAUUGUGGGAACGAGUUUUGCGAACUUCAUAUGUUCAGGAUGUUGAUUUAUACUUUUCAUUUCUUUUUUUUUUUCUUUUUUGUUAAGCGAAAAAUAUUUUGAUAAGAUUUAUAUCGAUAUUGUCUGUGAGUUUGAAAUUUUAUCUCGUUGAAGUUGUUUUAUUGAUCGAAUAUUAUCGCGAAGUAUUCUUACGAUUAAUAAGCUCGGAACGUUUUCGAUUCGAAGGGAAAAAUAUCGAAUAAUAUUUAUCGGUGAUUUUAAAUGUAUUUCUUUUUUCUUUUUCUUUUUUUUGUUUCUUUUUUUUUAGAUGUUAUAGCAGUUAACGCAAGUGGUAUUAUUAAUCAUGUUAAUUUUAGAAAAUUCGUGUAGAAAUCGUGUGAAACGUGGGACACGAUACGCAACCAGAAACAUGAGUACUAAUCGCGAGCACACGAGAGUAGCGUUGUUUCUUCACGGGGGUGGGGUUAUGUGUUACUAGCCAAUGUUGGAUCGAUACAAGUCACAGAACUCCUAUUCGUAACGGAACGGCUCUCGAAAGUGAAGUAUACAUAUGUGUUAUCACGCUUUUUCGUAUAAAUUAUGAGUUGCCGAAAUUACAGACAGAUUCGUUCACGUGUACCUACAACUUAGGUGCGCGCGCGCGCGCACUGACACGUCACACACAAAUACACACGCAUUUACAGGGUAUUCUGUAAAAGAUUGUACAAUCGAAAAGAGAGAGACGAUUGGUUGUGUAAAAAAAAUAAAGUGUAACCACUC